CACUGCUUCUUUGGCUCUGUUGAAGCUCAAUCAAUUGAUAUUCCAUGAGAGCUUCCAUGUUCCAUCAAGAUUCUGCACCCACGUUUUAUUUCCAUAUAUAAACCAAUCAGUAUCACAAAAAAGGAAAAUAAAAGACAACUCCCCAAACAAAAAGAGACCAAAAUGACAUAACACAUUCUGUAAUAAUAACACUGCGUUUUGAGAGAGAGAGAGAAAGAGAGACAAGAAACCAAAAGCUCGAGAGAGAAAAAGGUCAUUCGCCAAUUCCCUUCUCGCUACUUUUACGGACAUAAUGAGAGAAGAAGAUUGGAUUUGACGAAAACUACACUGCGAAAACACGUUUUCUUCAGAACAAGAAUCAAAAUUAAGGGAAGGAGAGAGAGAGACGAAGAGAUUUCUCUCGGUGGUCUCCGUUUCAGAGAUCUCCGGUGGAUAAUCCCAGCGUCAUCUCUAAUUUCCCGAUUAACCCAUACGACGAAAGUUUUCAUCUUUCGAAGACCAAAAUUCAAACAUCAUCCAAAUUUAGAAACUUUCCUUAAUAAGUUCUCAUUAUUUUAAAUUGAUUGAUUGAACAAGAUGCAUCCUAAUCUAUUCACAACAAUGCGAACGUUGAAAUUCAUCGAAGGAUGCAAAGCCACGGCUCUCAACCCUCCUCCGCCGCCACCUCCUCCCUCUACCACCGAAAGAGCCGGCGAAAAGCUCUUUCAGCAUCUCCAUGAUCACCUCCGAGUCAACUCGUUCCGUUCCAAAUCCACCCGGACUCAUCCACCUCCAAAUCAAAACGCCGCCGUUUCGAAAAACUCCCUCCUCCCAUACGGACUCCCCAACACGGACCUCCUCGAACCGCAGAUCGACCCUUCUCUCAAAUUCGUAGACUUGAUCGACAAGCUAGCCGAAGUCUACCGCCGCAUCGAGAACUCCUCGCAGUUCGAGAAAGCCGAGGCCUUUUUAGAGCAAUGCGCAAUCUUCAAGGGCUUAUCGGAUCCGAAACUUUUCCGGCGGAGUCUCCGGUCAGCUAGGCAGCACGCCGUUAACGUUCAUACCAAAGUUGUGUUAGCUUCUUGGCUACGUUACGAGAGGAGAGAAGAUGAGCUGAUCGGGACAACAUCGAUGGAUUGCUGCGGAAGAAACCUCGAAUGCCCUAAAGCGAGUCUCGUUUCCGGGUACGACCCGGAACGGGUGUACGAUCCAUGUAUUUGUUCUGGGUACAACGCUGACGUUGAUGUUGAAGAGUGUUCGACGUCAGAGGUAGAUUACGACAUGUCCUUCUGUAUAGGCGAUGAGGAAGUUCCUUGCGUGAGGUGCAAGAUAGCGUCUUUGUCAAUACCUUUUAAGGCUAUGUUAUACGGUGGCUUUAGAGAGACGAAGCGAAACACUAUCAACUUCACGCGGAACGGAAUCUCUGUGGAAGGGAUGAGAGCUGUUGAGAUGUUUAGUAGGGUUCGAAAAGUUGAGAUGUUUCCUCCCAAUGUUGUCUUGGAGCUACUCACAUUAGCGAACCAGUUCUGCUGCGACGAGUUGAAAGCAGCUUGUGACGUGUUUUUGGCUCGUCUUGUUAGUAAUUUCGAUGACGCGGUGUUGUUGAUUGAGUACGGUUUGGAGGAGGCUGCGUACCUUCUUGUGGCUGCUUGUCUUCAGGUUUUUCUAAGAGAGUUGCCUAACUCGAUGCGUAAUCCGAACGUUGUAAAGAUUCUCUGUAGCGUUGAGGGACGGGAAAGGCUGGCCUUGGUUGGGCAUGCUUCCUUUACGUUGUACCUUUUCUUAAGCCAGAUUGCUAUGGAAGACGAUAUGAAUUCAAACACAACGGUAAUGGUGUUAGAAUGUUUGGUUGAACAUGCGGUGGAGACUUGGCAGAGACAGCUCGCUUGUCACCAGUUAGGUGUUGUGAUGCUUGAGAGGAAAGAAUAUAAAGAUGCUCAGAGAUGGUUUAACUCAGCUGCCAAAGCAGGUCAUGUUUACUCCCUUGUCGGUGUAGCCAGGUCUAAGUUUAAGCUUGGCCAUCGAUACUCGGCUUAUAAGACCAUGAACUCGUUGAUAUCGGGUUGCUCAGCUACUGGAUGGAUGUACCAAGAGAGGUCUUUGUAUCGAAUCGGUGAAGAGAAGGUGCUUGAUAUAGACAUUGCCACGGAUUUGGACCCAACUCUGACUUUCCCUUACAAGUUCAGGGCAGUGUCAUUGGUCGAGGAGAGUCAGUUUGGUGCUGCGGUCGCGGAACUGAACAAGAUUCUGAGGUUUAAAGUCUCUCCUGACUGUUUAGAGAUGCGGGCGUGGAUUUCUAUAGCUAUGAAGAACUUUGAGGGUGCUUUGAAAGAUAUAAGAGCGCUUUUGACAUUGGAGCCUAACUUCUUGAUGUUUAACAAGAAAAUUCAUGGGGAUCAUAUGGUGGAACUCCUCCGGUCGCUGGUUCAGCGACGGAACCAGGCUGAUUGCUGGAUGCAGUUAUAUGAUCGUUGGUCUUCUGUUGAUGAUAUUGGAUCUCUAGCUGUUGUUCAUCAUAUGCUGGCUAAUGAUCCAGGGAAAAGCCUUUUGCGUUUCAGACAGUCUCUUCUUCUCUUAAGGCUAAAUUGUCAAAAGGCAGCAAUGCGUAGCCUUAGGCUGGCUAGAAACCAUUCAAAGUCGGAGCAUGAGAGACUUGUGUAUGAAGGAUGGAUACUGUAUGACACAGGCCACCGUGAGGAAGCUCUGGCCAAGGCUGAGGAAUCUGUUUCUAUACAAAGAUCUUUCGAAGCUUAUUUCCUUAAAGCUUAUGCUCUUGCAGACUCCACACUUGACCCUGAGUCCUCAAAGUAUGUCAUCCAGCUCCUUGAAGAAGCACUUAGAUGUCCAUCAGAUGGUCUUCGUAAGGGACAAGCUUUGAACAACUUGGGAAGUGUAUACGUUGACUGUGGUAAGCUGGAUCUUGCAGCUGAUUGCUACAAGAACGCACUAACCAUCAAGCACACACGAGCUCACCAAGGCCUGGCUCGUGUUUACCAUCUGAAAAGCCAAAGGAAAGAUGCGUAUAAUGAGAUGACAAAGUUGAUAGAGAAAGCUCAGAACAAUGCAUCGGCCUUUGAGAAGCGUUCAGAGUAUUGUGACCGAGAGGUGGCACAGAGAGACCUAGUGAUGGCGACACAGCUAGAUCCUCUGAGAACUUACCCAUACAGAUACAGAGCCGCAGUUCUUAUGGACGACCAUAAAGAAAUUGAAGCCAUUGAAGAGUUGUCCAAAGCCAUAGCAUUUAAACCUGACCUCCAGCUUUUACAUCUCCGAGCAGCAUUCUUCGCUUCGAUGCGUGAAACUACAGACGCUAUCAGAGACUGUGAAGCAGCUUUGAGUAUUGAUCCAUGCCACAAAGAUACCAUCAACCUCUAUCACAAAGUACGUGAACCACAGGCAUAGGCAAACCCAUCUGCCAACUUAUAUAUAUCCUAAACUAUGGCGAGAGCUUCUUUCAUCUAAAACCACAUAUACUUGUAUGGCUAUGCCAUUUCAUAUCCAUUACGGAACAUUCCCAUGGGAAACUAAGCCUGGUUCUUUUGUGAUCAAUAAGUUUUGAUAGAAAGAGCUGGGAGCAAACCAAAAGGAGCAGCGACAUAGAAUGUAAAUAUAACUUCAUACUUUGGGUUUUGGGAUUGAUUCUGGUUUGAUGACUGGAUAAGGUUAAUAUAUGAUUAGUGCAGAGUGUGUUCUGCACAAAACAGAACACGAAAAAGAUUGUUAUGCCAUGUUUUGUUUUUAGAUAUCUCACUUCGUGUUGCUUCUUCUUUUCCUUCUUUCAUAUUUUUAAUGUGUUAUUGUGUAUGUAACUUCAUUCUUCUCAUGAUCGUUAUAUUGAUUCUCAGACAACUGAGAUUUUUUCCCUUGCAAAACAAUAAACAUAGAAGUCAGUAAUCAAUCAUCACCAUAGAAAUUGUACACAUAAAACCCAUGUAAGAACCUUCCUGUUUUGAGCACACAAAUUGGACAUUAAAUAAGCCCUAGAAAUAUGUAAGUAGUCGUUUCUUUGUAUUUUGAAAGUUGAAACAACAAUUCCAUAUUUUUAUACCUUUGUUUAAAGUAUGAAAAAUGUACAAUGGACUUUCAAACAACUAGAAAAUUGGGUUGUUCAAACAUUGUUGUUGUUCAUAACAAAACAUAAGCAAAAUAUUAGUAAACAUUAGCAAAAUAUAAGCAAAAUAUGAGUAAACAUUAGCAAAAUAUAAGAAAACAAUCUAAGUGGAAUGCAUGCCCCCACAUAUCGUAUAUGACAUUGGAUGCUAAUUAUUCUAAAGCAGACAUUACAUUCACUUUCCCCAUGCACAAACAUGAAAUUUCCCACAAAAUGUUUAAAACCUUUUGACUUGAAAUCAACUCAACACAUUUGAUACACAGACUUUCUUUCCUCAAAUUAUUUGUUUUCAACUUAAUACAUUACUUAGUCAUGUAGUUCUUUUUUCAGAAUUUUUGGCUAAAAUAUAUACGCAAAAAUAUGUAUUCAUUUAUUCAAAAAUACAUACAAGACAUUGGUUUGUUUACAGAAAAUUAAACUAAAUUACUACGACACAUUGGACAACUGUUUGCAUUCCUUGCAUUCCAACUACGUAAACAAUCCAAGUGGAAUGCAUGCUCCACAUAUCGUAUAUGACAAUAUGACAUUGGAUGCUAAUUAUUCUAAAGCAAACAUUACAUUCACUUUCCCCAUGCACAAACAUAAAUUUUUCCCUCAAAACAGGAAUAUUCCGAGACAUAACAAAACCCGGUCCCUUAAAAUUUGUAAUCAAUAUUCCAAAAUGUUUUACGUAAACAAAAUGUUUAAAACCUUUUGACUUGAAAUCAACUCAACACAUUUGAUACACAGACUUUCUUUCUUUCUUCAAAUUAUUUGUUUUCAACUUAACAUCUACAUUACUUAAUUAGUUUUUAGAAUUUUUUUUUAUCAUUCUGCUAAUGUUUGUGAUUUUACAUGUAUAAUUUAUUGUAACAUGUAUAAUUUAUUGUGCUGUGUAACAACGCUUAGAAUUGAGUAAUUGUUUUUCUUUUGGGAAUUAAAAUUGAGUAAUGGUUGACUAGCGAUACAAGUAGAAAGUCUCUAUUGAUGUCUUGACUGAUUAUUUUUUUACGGCUGUCUUGAUUUGAUUUAGCUAAUCAGUCAGCUUAUUUAAAUCUGAAAAUUUUCUUGCAAAAGUGUGGAAGGAGAUGAAUUUGAGAGAUGUGAAGCUUAAUCACCUAUACUCAAAAGUAACCAAAAAUUAUGAUCGAAGGGAACUAUGCUCCUAAUGAUUGUAUAUUAUACUCAGUGAUUUACUGAGAUCAUUUGGAGACAAUAAAACUGUUCUCUAUUAUCUAUAGAUGGUAGUCUAUUCUAAUUUUUUUCUUAAAAAAACAAUACAUGAGAGAUUAAUUAGCAUAUUAGCUCAUGUAAGCAAUAGUGAUAAGCAGUCCUGCAUAAUUGCAUUCAUCAUAAAAGUGUUCGUUUUUUCGUUCGGCAACUCCAUUACACUAUAGUGAAUAAGUAUUUGUCUUUGUUAAAAAUGUAAAUAACUGAUUUACAUUUUUAAUCUAUUUAUUUAUCUAUCUACCUAUAUUAAUAAAAAAAUGUUUUUUUUCUUUUAAGAGAGACACCUCAUCAAAUAGUUUUACCACAUACUGACAUGUGGCAUCACUCAAACCGUUUUAACGAUUUCAAAUUCUUAAUUGUUUCUUCUUGGGCAUCAUAAUUACAUGUCGUUUAGGCCAGUAGUAAACUGGUAAGUGGACCCUUCUAUCUACCUAAUAUUGUAAUCUUCUACGAGACUCCAUUGUAACUGACUUUGAACUUGAAAAAGAAAGUCAUCGAACCCACAUCUGGUUGGAGAUCGAAGCGUUGAUCGGGAAAUUAGCCUACACAAACCUCAUCUUAUAUAAAUGAAACCUUGAGUGACACCAGCGAUGAGAUUUUUCAACAUUGCUCAAAACAGUUCAGAUCAAAGAACUGGCUUUGUGAGAGCCGAUCAGCCGAACCACGAGUCGAUCUUGAGCUCUCUCUUCCCGAUGACGGUGUCUUUGAUGAGAUGGAAAUCGAAGUUUAUAUGCUUGCAAUCAUGAGUGAGUUUGCUGCGUGGACUUUCAACUUCGAUCACCUUGGCGACACCAUCGGGGAUCUCCAUCGUCUCAGAUGACAAGAUCAUCUUCAUCUUUCGUUAAUGAUAGAACAUAACGGCGAUUGAAGAUGAAACCCUAAAUAAGAUUAUAAAACGUCAUGUGUUUUGUAGGUUUUUUUCCUUUGGUAUACAAAAUGGGCUGAAGAUCAAGUGAAACCUAUACAAAGAAAUUCACUUAAAGCCCAUUAUUAAAAAUCAAACAUCGUUAAAGUCAUUUUGUAUAAUCAAAAUAAUCGGUAGCUAUAUCAUGGAAUAAUACGAAGAAUAUAGUUAUGAAAGUAAUAAUUGUUUCCAUUCAGUUUUACAUGUAUUUUGGAAACAAAACAUUUUAAGCCAUCAAUUAGGAAAUGAUUAGAAAUAUAAAAAAUGGUGUAGCAAGUGAAAAACAUUAGUGUAGAAGGAGGUUUCAAGGAACUAAAAUUAGUGUAGGAAGUGCCAUGAACUGAAGCAGGCAUCAUAUUUUUCGGUUGUUUUAGCAAACAUACAUCUAACUUUUGAAAGAAUGUGAGGUAAAAGAAGUAUAAAAGGUUAUUAACUAUUUUUAUUAAUAUUUUAGAUAUAUAUAAAUCAAGUCGUAGAGAUUGUAUCGUACAGCUAGGAACGUGAAACAACCAAGUGGUCUCAUAACAAAAUCUGGCCCCAGCAUCUACCAAGUUGACCAAGAAGGCCUGCAGCUCAUAUCUUCUUAAAUACUGCAUCCGCAUCAUUGUCUUUUUCCCUUCAAAUAUUUUGCUAUGUUUUUCCAGACAAUCUUAUAAUUUAUGUUUAAGUUUGAAGUAAGGUUAUUUUCUUCCCAAGUCAUUCAAGUACUUAUUGCUUUGCUUUCUAACAAAUACAAAUAAAGUUUUGCUUACAUUUAAAGUAGUAUUAACAUUAUAUAAAAUAAUAUAAUGUGGAGAUUAUAUAAACAUAUUGUUCUGUCUCUAACCAAUAAGCAUGAGUUGUCCAUGCAAAACCUUUUUUUUUUAUCAAAUCAAACUUGCAUUAAUCUUAAAUAUCUUUACACUUCAAUAAAGGAGGAUAUAAAGAGACUAUUGACAGCCAAACAAACAACAACAUAAGAAAUAGAAUGGCAAUACAAAUCACAAGAAAAAGCCAUAAAAAACCAUAUCACAACAACAUCAUAAGCUUCUUCAAAGACCGCAUCUAUAGUGUAACCUGUAGAAUCACACAUAUUGCACCAUACGCAGAGAAGAGCAUUUGAUGGGAGGAAGUGUUGGGAUUGUUAUAAAACCUCAUGUCCAACUCUAUAUUAUCCGAUUAGUACGAUAUGGUCCACUUUGGGAUUAGAGGCUGGCCCGCAUGAAUUUACUUUUGGACUCCAUCCCAAAAGGCCUCGUACUAAUUAGAGUUGAACAUCUCUUUUAUAUAUUAGACACUCCUUAUCUAAUUCUCUAGUGUGAGACUUAGUUUGACAUCUCACAUUCCCCCCCCCCCUCAAACUAAGGAUCAUAUUCAUCUCGUGUCCCAUAGCUGACUUUCAGGAUCUUCGGACUUGAUCUCUGCCACAUACCUCUCAAUCCUAAUUUGAUCCCGUUCCUACGUACUUGAAGGAUAUUUUGGUUUUAUUGCAGAUUUAUCGUCAACUUGGCUCUGAUACCAACUGUUGGGAUUGUAAAAACUCAUGUCCAACUCUAUAUUAUCUGAUUAGUACGAUAUUGUCCACUUUCGGCCUUAGAGGCUAGCCCGCAUGGAUUUACUUUUGGGCUCCAUCCCAAAAGGCCUCGUACUAAUUAGAGUUGGACGUCUCUUUUAUAUAUUAGACACUCGUUAUCUAAUUCUCCAAUGUGGGACUUAGUUUGAUAUCUCACAGGAAGAUCCUUGCAAUACCAACGAAACUUGUUCAUCCUUCACUCCAUAUAGGAAGAAAUAUUAAAAAAGAAUAAUGAUUCAAACGAGGGACAAACGGGAAAUCAUAACCCGCCACAUCCAUAUUCAUCAGGAUAAAGAUGACAAUGAGCUUCUCUUCUACCUGCCACCAAGAAGAGAGAUACACAAACACAACACAACAUCCAGAAUGAAACCUGUAAGAGAACUGUAUACUGCAGACGCUCGCGCCAAGGCGAUAUAAAUGCUACUAAAGGUCGCAAAGGUAGAACCAAAUGAGACUAAGCCCAAUGGUAUAUCACCAGCUAAGAUCAUGAACCUCAAUCUAACAUCACCCAUACAAAAAGCUGUCUAAACCGUUCUACAGUAGCAUAAUAAGUGGAAAAUAAAGAGCUAAGAUGAGCAUUAAGGACCUUACAAGGACGACUGGUAGGGAGGUUGAAACAAGAACUGAUUGAAGGCCAGUCGACACACCCAAAUAGAAACAUGUAUAUCACAUGAGAAUGGAGUCCAUAGGCGAAGGAAGUGUCAUCGACACACCCAGAUAGAGACAUAUAUGCCACAUGAGAAAGGAGCCCGUAGACGAAGGGAGUGUCACUAGCAGACACCGGGAGACCACCACCACCACCACCAUUCCUUGUGGCCAUCCUGGAUGGAAGCUUCAAAUUUGAGAUAUGGGUAAGAGCUUGAGGAGAUGGUAUGAAUGUGUGGAACUGGACUGAAUGUAUGGUCUCUUCUUAGAACUCAUAGACACAAACUAAAUGUGUGGAAUAUAUUUAAGCUCACUUACACUCUUUGUUAACAAUAAAAUCAUCAACAAAGUGCUAACAGUGUAUUCAAUACACUAACACAUUGUGAUAAGCCAUAGUUUUUUUUAAGAAACAAUACUUCUGAACGCUAACACACGCCACAAAAAAUACUUCAUUCCAAAAUAUAGUAAAAGAGAAACAACAAUACUCAAUAUCCCGCACGGAUCAACCCAAGUAUAAAUAAUAUAAUGGUUGUAAAGUAAGUAAGCGGUCAUUGACGGGUCCUUCUUAUCAACAACAGAAGCAAUCCUAUGGGAGUCUCUUGGGUUUUCCUCUAUGAUUGACUUGGGCAUGUAUACUUUUGAUUCUCUCUAGAGAUAUGGCUCUCGUAUGUCUACAGCGUUAGAACUCGAGUUUGGCUCCGCAUCACAAACAACUCAUCUCGUGGGGUAUUAUUGUGCAUCUUCCAAGCGUCAUUCUCAAAUUAUUUUUACAUUUACAUGGGGGCUACCCCUCAUAUACAUAUAGAGAGGCGCAAUCAGUAUAGUAAAUAUUGGAGGCUAUCUGAAGAACUAGAUUCAUUUGGUAACUACUUACCACCUGACUAUAUCCCCUCGCCAACUCCCAGCUCUCCG